GUUAUCGGGUGUUUUUUGUAGCGUUAUGCGCUUCCAAGCUUGGGCUUCCAAUCCAAAUUUUUUUUAUUUAUUACGAUAAUUCGUAUAAUUGUUCCUUGUUUAUAAAGUCAUAAUACCUUAUUCUCAGUUCAAGCGAAAAAUGCUGUUCAAGAUGCCGCUAUCGUUGUGCUUGUUCGGCGCGCUGUUGCCAGCACUAUCUGCAGACGUUGCCGUCGAACCUGUGCGGGAAGACAGCCAAAUCGUCGCCACAACAACCCACGAAGAAAUGAUAUGUCUAGAUGAUAAGUUCCUCCAAGCGUCCAUUGUUACCGACGAGGAGAAGAUGGAAGCUGUGUUUCAAUGCUUCCCGUUAUUAAAGGAAAGGUAUGAAACGAGGAUGAAGGAAUUAGAAAAAGCGAAGCCGCUGAUGGAUGUACUGGAACGGCGCGCUAAGAUACGCCAGUCUAUGUCGUCCACCUUGAGUCCUAAUGAGGCUGAAGAUCUCAUGGAGUUACUGAAAGAAGACCUGGACGAUAAAACAGGCAUUUGGGACGUUUUGUAUGUGAAGUACGUGGAACUUUUCUAUACCUACGGAUUUACUCUUGGAAUGCCCAACGCGUUUAUCGCCAUUUCCCUGGUUUUUGUGGUGGCGUCAUCAGCGAGUGCUUUUCUUUGUGGCUACUUUGACGGUCAGCAGAUGCACAUCGUUAUCAUAGCGUUCUUUGGGAUUUUCACUGUUGGUAGCCUGGUUGCUUAUUUGGUGCUACGGAUGAUGCGCGUUCAACGAAUUGUUAAGGAGAAGCUUUAAAUAGCAAUUAAUUCUGUGUUUUGGUCCAUGUACUGUACACGCAUACUUCGUGAUAAAA